ACAGCAUCUUGCCCCCCCACGUUCGACAUCACUUCAAGGCUACAUGCGGAAUCAACCAUGGCACAGGUGAACCCGAUUGUUUUUAUUCCGCCCACGGUGCUUCUACUUGCCAUUAUCGGGAUACUUAUCUACCGAUACUUCGACACUGUUCAAGAUACGUACUACAAUAUCCUUUAUCGUAUACGCGAGCGGAACCGCGAUGGAACAGCAGUAGGGGAUGAGGAAGAGGAGGAGUCAUUCGACGAGGAAUCUGAGGAUGUCGAACAGGAGGAGAUAUACGCACAUGAUCAGCUCGGUGGGGACGACGACGACCAGGAUGAGAUUGAACCACAAGGAUCGACCACAUCGGCCAGGCUUAGAAUGCAUCAUGAAAUGGUGCAGCAGAUGCGCGCUCGUGCCGGAUUCGCACCUGAACCCUUCCCGGGCGACGAGGACGAGAAUGUAGGGGGAGGAGACGGAGACGAGGAGGGUGAGGAGGGCGAGACAGAGGACGAUGGUGGUGUGGGUUCCUCCACUGGGGCUAUGGCAGGCGCAUCCGCAGGCCGGAUCAAGAAGAUUGGCAAGAAGAAGGCCGAGAAAUUGCAGCGCAAGGAGCAGAUGCGUGCUUAUCGAGAGGUAACCACUGCUGCAUCUCCUCAUAUGAUCGUUCGUUUGACAAUGUUAACAUCCCAGACGCCUUUAAACUCACUGGAUGUCAAUCUGAUUGCAACGAUACAAUUUUCUAUUGUGAUAUCUUUUAAUGCCGUUAGAGAGUCAAAUCCUUCCGGCUCUCGACACUUGCCAAACAGCUGGGCAGGACUGAAGCACAGCUGUUGAGGGAUCUUGCGGUUGUGGCACAGGACGAAGACCUUGAAGCAGGCGCUCAGGAUACUGCGGAGGGAUCAGAUGUACCCCGAAUAACACUGGUAUCAAGUUUAGCGGUCGCUUCGCCGCCUAGUAGUCCGUCCAUAUCGACACGAUCAUCCCACGGCAGAUCGUCGAGACCGCAGCUGUUGGUCCUGUAUGAUUCGGGGUCAGACCGAUAUGUUGUGCUGAAUGAAUCCCAAUUGAAGCAGUUUUCUGAGACAGUGAAAAGCAAAGGGCGGGUCAGCAAGGAGGAGCUGAGUGUAGCAAGUGAAGGCAUCUUCCGGCCAACGCCGUCAAUAAAAUAGAGCUGUGGCCAUCGAUGGCUAUGGUCUUGCUCUGGCUCACUCUUUUGCAUGCUAUGCAUUGGGAU